AUGGACAUUGAUUCAAACAAUCCUUCAUUGAAUGGGAGUGAGGAAGUUGAAGGGGCGGAGAACAAUUUGUCAUUAAAUGAGAUUGGUGAAGUUGAAGAACCUAAGAAGGGCAUGUGUUUUAGCUCAAAGCAAGAAGUAUAUUCGUUUUAUACAAAAUAUACGAAGCACCUCGGAUUUGCUGUAGCUUAUAGAACACAGAAUAUUAGACAAGAUGGGAAAGUAAAAUACUUUGGAAUUGAAUGUACUUGGACUCGCAAGAGAACAAAACGAUCAGAAGUACACCCUCUCAAACCAUCUUUGUCAUCAUUCAUUGAAUGUAAAGCAAAGAGAAUUCUUACCCCUGUGAAGAGAAGACUAGAAAUAAACGAUGAAGCAGGGAUAGGGGUGGCUAGGAAUUUUCAUUCUAUAGUUGUUGAAGCAUGGGGGUAUGAAGCAUUAACAUUUGAUGAACAAGAUGCAAGGAAUCAUAUUCAGAGUAUGAGAAAAUUGAGGCUUGGGGUAGGAGUUGCUGAAUCAGUUGCACUUUAUUUUCAUAGGAUGCAACAACAAAAUUCGAACUUCUAUUCUACAAUUGACCUCGAUAAAGAUGGUCGCAUGCGAAACUUGUUUUGGGCGGAUGCAAGGAGUAGGGCAACUUAUAAAGUAUUUGGGGAUGUGAGAAUGGUUAAGUUGCAUGUGUAA